GGCUGGCGCAGCCUGGGGGAUAAACAGGAAGCCCCUCUCUCCACUCCGGCCGCGUCUCUCCUCCCUGCAGCCCGGCUCUCCGCGCCCACCCUCUCCCGGUGAGGCCAGAAGCUCCGGUGAGGGGUCUGAGGAGGGUCCCCGGGGGCCCUGAGGCUCGGGCUGACCCCGCCGCUCCUCCACCUUGUCCUGUGGCCAUCGACCUCGGAACAGGAGCAGCCUGCAGGGCUGGAGAACCAUGGGCGGCCCCUUGUGCCCAGAGGAGCGGCUGCCUCGGGGAUCCAGGUGAUGGUCCCUCGCACUAGCCGCAGGGUGUGUGCUGUGGCCAGGGCCGCCCUGGGGCCCACCUCCGAGUCCUUCGCGCAGCGCGUGUAUCAGCCCUUCCUCACCACCUGUGAUGGGCACCGGGCCUGCAGCACCUACCGAACCAUCUACCGGACCGCCUACCGCCAUGGCCCUGUGCUGGCCCCUGCCAGGCCUCGCUUUGCCUGCUGCCCUGGCUGGAAAAGGACUGGUGGGCUCCCUGGGGCCUGUGCAACAGCAAUAUGCCAGCCACCAUGCGGGAACGGAGGGAGCUGUGUCUGGCCUGGCCGCUGCCACUGCCCUGCAGGAUGGCAGGGCAACACCUGCCACAAGGAUGUGGAUGAGUGCAGCUCCGGAGGGGCAGGCUGUCCCCAGGGCUGUGUCAAUACUGUGGGCAGUUACUGGUGCCAGUGCUGGGAAGGGCACAGCCCAUCUGCGGAUGGGAUGAGCUGCCUGCCCACAGCAGGGCCCCCCAGGGUGGCCCCGAACGCUGUGACAGAAGCUGCAGCUGGUGCUGGCCCCUCUGCACGGCCUGGCCUCACGGGCCCCAGAGCACGGGCCGCAGGACCCCGCCAGCCUCCUGGCCCAUUCCUUGCAGCAGCUGGACCGCAUCGACUCUCUGAGCGAGCAGAUCUCCUUCCUGGAGGAGCAGCUGGGGUCCUGCUCCUGCAAGGAGCUGUGACAGCCCUGUCUCACGCCCAAGGCUGGACUGAGCCCACAAGCCCCGCUUCCUCUGCCCGCCCCAUGCCACUCCUGUCCUUGCCCCUCCGGGGGCUCCUGGGUGUCCAGCAGGCCAGGGUGGGCCCCUGCCAGGCUCUCCAGGGCCUGGGGGAAGGUACGAGGGCUUCUUGCCCAUGCUGGGAUGUGGGUGUAAUAGGCAGCUACCCGAGGUGGGGCGGGCCUGUCCCCAUCAGAAUAAAUGCGAGACUUGAGGCUCGGUGUCAGUAGGUGGACUGUGCCCUGGGAGGGCACUGGCCCCACAGAGCAGUGCGGCCCCCAUCACCCUGUCCUUGGACAGAGGCCGGGCAGCUCCUGCCCACUCUCUCGAGUGACCGCAGCAUACCAGGCACUUCCAAGAGUUUGUUUAUAAAAAUGAACCGUGUGCAGCA